AUGGCCCGCCGCGGCGACAGGGUCAGAGAACGGAGAACCCUUACCCCCCUGUCUUUCUGCCCCAGUCUACCUGCCAAGCUGAUAAACGGAGGGGUAGCCGGGUUCGUCGGCGUCACCUGCGUGUUCCCCAUCGACCUGGCCAAGACCCGGCUGCAGAACCAGAAGACCGGCCCGGUGCUCUACACGUCAAUGUCUGACUGCCUGAUCAAAACCGUCCGCUCUGAGGGCUGCUUCGGCAUGUACAGAGGCGCGGCGGUGAACUUGGCCCUCGUCACGCCGGAGAAAGCCGUCAAGCUGGCUGCUAACGACCUGUUCAGACGUCUCCUGCCCAGGGACGGGCACAAGCCGGGAGUUGUGGGAGAGAUGCUGGCGGGCUGCGGGGCGGGCGUGUGUCAGGUCAUCAUCACCACGCCCAUGGAGAUGCUGAAGAUCCAGCUGCAGGACGCAGGGAGGAUAGAGGCUCAAAGAAGGCGGCUGUCCCGGCAAGAUGAAGCGUCUCGCUGCCGUCCAGGAGAGACCAAGUCUCCCACCGCCACACAGAUUACUGGGGAGUUACUGAGGACCAAGGGCAUUUCGGGGCUCUACAGGGGCCUCGGAGCGACGCUGCUGAGGGAUGUGCCGUUCUCCAUCAUCUACUUCCCACUGUUUUCCCACCUGAACAGCGCCGGUGGGUGUGGAGUCGAUGGCCGUGCACCCUUCUACUGGUCCUUCCUGUCAGGCUGCUUCGCCGGUAGCACUGCCGCUGUGGUCGUUAACCCUGCAGAUGUCAUCAAAACCAGACUCCAGUCUUCGACAAAGGGGAACCAGGGAGACGUCUACAACGGAGUGACAGACUGCGUCAGGAAAAUUUUAAGAAAUGAGGGUCCCUCCGCCUUCCUGAAGGGGGCGUACUGCCGUGCCCUGGUCAUCGCCCCGCUAUUUGGCAUCGUGCAAGUUGUGUACUUUCUGGGAGUGGGAGAGCGCCUCCUUGGCAUCUCGCUUCCACUGCAGAACUGAUCCAGCUAGCGGGGAACAGCGCUGCGGGGAACUCUGCCUCUGAUUGGUUAGGGUGGGGUUGGCGUUAGCCAAUCAGAGGCAUGCGAACUCUUUCGUCACACGGAAGUUGGACGUAAAGUUGGGUGGAAAAAUGAUAGACGUGAUCCGGUACUUCCACCAAGUGGUUUCACAGCAGUUUUCAAGGUCCACGCGUGGCUGGGAGUGGAGAAAGUCCUCAUGUAGCGCCUGUGCUCAUGUAGCUGUAGAUUAAUCCCUCAAUCUCAAAACUUUUAUCCAAGAUAUUCCAGCAUGCUAGGAAACCACAUUACUUAUCUUAUGGCAUUCCUGUAAUGUGUCAAGUUAUUGACACGUAGCUGUUUUCUGUGAUUUAUAACUGAUCUGGACCGUAGACACCGAUUUCCUGUGUUACAUCUUGUAGUCCAGUAAAAUGACUUGA